CAGGAUAAUAAUUCAAGUUUCAAAAGUUUUCUUUUAUUUUUUAGACUUCAUGUUCUAGGUUCACGUAAUUGGAAUGAGGGAUAAUUGUUUUCAACGUUUUGGGUUGUGAAGAGCAGCAGUUUUUAGCUGUUAGUAACUAAUUAUAGCCCACAAAUCUCAUCGCUCCAAAUUCCUGUCCUUUUUGUAUUUUAUGAAAGCUGUAUUUGCUUGAGUAUUUGGAUUUUUGAGGUUCCCUCUGUUGUUUUUCCUUUUUUCGUUAAUCUCUUCCUCCAUUUUUGGCUGAUUUUUGAGUUUCCCUCUUUUGUUUUGAUUCCUGAUUAGAGAAGCAGCUAGCUUAGCAAGACCGAAAACAUGGAAGAACAACUUUUACCAACUGAAGAAAACAAAUUCUCAGUUGGCACCUCCUGCUCGACAACAGUUGUUCUAAGCACUUGUGUUGUUGUGUGUGGUUCCUUGGCUUAUGGAUUUGCUAUUGGCUACUCUUCUCCUUCCCAGUCAGGUAUCAUGGCUGACCUGGGAUUGUCCAUUGCAGAUUAUUCAGCAUUUGGAGCGAUUCUGACACUUGGUGGAACUAUAGGUGCCUUAGUGAGUGGAGCUAUUGCGGAUAUGGUUGGGCGAAGAAUAACAAUGUGGAUCAUGGAUCUCUGUUUCAUCUUAGGAUGGCUUUCCAUAAUCUUCGCAACGAGUGCCUGGUGGCUUGAUGUUGGAAGAUUUCUAAUGGGAAUUGGAGCGGGAGUUUUCCUUUAUGUGGCUCCUAUAUACAUUGCAGAAAUCUCUCCACAAAGUAUUCGAGGGGCAUGCACAGCUGCCAUCACGUUCAUGGCAUAUUUUGGCAUUUCAGUGAUGUUUCUAAUCGGGAAUAUCCUAACUUGGCGUCCCUUGGCUAUAGUAGGAAUUAUACCCUCUUUGGUGCAGUUACUAGGCAUAUUUUUCAUACCAGAGUCUCCGAGAUGGUUGGCCACGAUUGGCCUGGACAAAGAAGUAGAAGCAUCUCUAAAGUAUCUGAGAGGAAAAAAUGUUGAUAUUUCUUCAGAAGCAGCUGAAAUUAAGGACAAUGUGGAGUCCCUUCAGAAGCUCUCAGGAUCAAGAUAUCUGGAUAUGUUCAAUCGUAAAUAUGCUCAUUCACUCAUUGUUGGAUUCGGAGUAGUGAUUUUGUUGCAGUCUGGAGGAACUGAUGCCAUUGCAUCUUUCGCUAGUUCAAUUUUCAAAAAAGCUGGUUCCUCGGUUAGUUUUGCAACUGCAACAAUGGGACUUAUCCAGCUUCCAUUUGCUGCUACAGGCAUAUUAUUACUAGAUGCUACUGGAAGACGGCCAGUUCUGAUGGUUGCUUCGGCUGGGACAUGCUUAGGAAACUUUCUUGUAGGUGUAGGCUUUUUGUGUAAGGAUUAUGAUCAAAUGAAGCAGCUUUCUGCCACAUUGGUGGUAACUGGCAUACUGGUAUUCAGUAUAUUUUACUCAAUGGGUGUGGGUGGUGCAGCUAUGACAAUUAUUUCAGAGAUAUUUCCUAUGAACAUAAAGGGAUCAGCUGGAAGUCUUGCAAUUGUAUGCAACUGGUUUACUUCUUGGAUUGUCACAUAUGCUUUUAACUUCUUAUUUGAACGGAGUCCUUCAGGUGUAUUUUUCAUAUUCACAAUAUUUUCCGGGUUGAUGAUUCCAUUUGUUGCAAAGAUAGUACCAGAGACGAAAGGUCGGACACUUGAGGAAAUUCAGGCAUCCAUGACAUUGCUUAACUGAUGUUGAUUUUCUUUUCAAGAAAAAGGAUUAGUUCUUCCACAUUUUAUGAUUUGUGUAGCAAGCCGCCACCGAAUAUAAUGAUAUGAUAAAUAAUUUUCAAGUCUAAAAUAGGAGGCUCUGAAGAAUUCUUGAUUUAUAAUUCGGUGUAAUUUGAAUUUUGACCCAUAAAUGCAUAAUUUGCCCAACCUUAUAUGGGAUAAUAA